AACAAGAAGUUGUCAAACUGGUUUAGUGUCAGUCACCCUGUAAAAGUGAAAGAAGUCAAAGCUGAAACACCAUUACAGGAUGUGAGAUCUCUAUUGGACAACACACGCUUGGAGUUAAUCAAGUGGAGAAAUUAAGAGACUAUAAGUUGGUGAGUCACUGCCAAAAAAUAACUUGAAAAUCAAAUGGCUGAGAAGACUGCUCUUUUUGAAAGUUUCCUGACCUGCCAUGUGUGUUCAGAGACUUUCAGAGAUCCUGUGUCUCUGAGCUGUAAGCACAACUUCUGUUCAAGCUGCCUGCAAAAAUUUUGGGAACAAGCUAAAAUCAGAAACUGCCCCAUUUGUAAAAGAAAAUCUUCAAAAGAUGAUCCAGGGGUGAACUUUGCUCUGGGGGAACUAGCUGACUCCUUUGCUGGUAGACAGAAAACUGUAUCAUCUGAGACAAAACAAGAAGAGAAUAAGGCCGAGGUGGUGUGUUGUGAACACCAUGAAGAGCCUAAAUUCUUCUGUAAGGAUGAAGACAAAGCUGUGUUUUCUGCCUGUGAGAUUUCUGUCCAUCAGAGUCACACGGUGGUUCCUAUAGAGCAAGCAGUCAAUGACCUGAAGGACGAGCUGAAAUUUGACUUAAAGUCUCUGCAGGACAAGAGGGACAAAUACAAGCAAGUGGAGGAAAUAUACAACGAAGUGAUUCAGCACUCCAAGAAGCAGCUAUUGUCCACAGAGAGGCAGAUCAGAGCUGAGUUCAACAAGCUCCACCAGUUCCUGAGAGAGGAGGAGGAGUCCAGACUGGUAGCUCUGAGGGAGGAAGAGGAGCAGAAGGGGAAGACUAUUAGCAGAGAGAUGAAGCAGAUCCAGGAGCAGAUCUCUUCUCUGUCAGACAGCAUCUCUGCUGUCGAAGAAGAGCUGCAGAAACACAACACAACGUUCCUCAGCAGUUACAAAGCCACUCAGAGCAGAGCCAGGGUCCAGAGCUCACUGUCAGAUCCACAGCCGGUCUCAGGAGCCCUCAUAGAUGUGGCCAAACACCUGGGCAACCUGUCCUUCAGAGUGUGGGAGACAAUAAAGGAGCAGGUCCACUUCAGUCCUGUCAUUCUGGACCCAAACACUGCAUCCUCCUGUCUCUAUCUGUCUGAUGAUCUGACCAGUGUGAGACAUGGAGACACAGAGCAGCUGCUCCCUGACAAUCCAGAGAGAAACACUAAUUAUGCCAACGUGCUGGGCUCCGAAGGCUUCAGCUCAGGGAAACACAGCUGGGAGGUGGAGGUGGGGGACCAUCCUCGCUGGAAUAUUGGCGUAGCGAAAGAGUCCAUUGACAGGAAGGGAGAGAGAUUUGCCUCACCGGACUGUGGAGUGUGGUGUUUAUGGCACGGCGAUGGAAAAUAUACUAAUGGAGCUGCUAAGCCCGUCACAGUGAAGAGUCACAAGAGGAUCAGAGUCCAGCUGGACUAUGAAAGAGGGGAGGUUUCCUUCUACGACGCCGACGACAUGACCCACAUCUACACUCACAGAGACACUUUCACUGAGACUAUCUUCCCAUAUUUCUUUAUCGGACAAGUUGAUGAAGCUGAAACUGCCGAUAUCAAAAUCUGUAAAAGUCAUAUUUCUCUGUGACGUUCAGACAUGUCUGUUUACACUUUAGACUGACUUCACUGUGUCUCACUUAAAUAAUAUAUGGCAAAAAACUUUCAUACAGGUAAGAAUCAAGUAAGUUAUUAAGCUGGUUUGCAGCAUCUUGUAUUUAAUCAGACAGCAAUAUAACGUGUGAUAAAUCUUCAAUACUCCAACUUUUAUUCUUAUUCUUUAAUAUCUUGAGUUUUAGUUUUAAAGGUUCCUGGAUCUUUUGAUGAUUUAUUUCAGUUUUGUUCAUGCUGAAAUUUCAGUUUUACACUUUGUGGUCAGAAUCUGCGGACACACUCUAGCUCUUAUUUAUUUCUUGAUCAUGUUUUGUUCUUCUGCAGAAUUGAUUUGUUGUCAAAAACUGUCUUUACAGUCUGACAUGAAUCACGCAAAGUAGUUUUCCUCAUCAUUUAUCAUUUGAAUACAAGUUUUUUUUAAGAACACACAAAUCAUUGUUUCAAUCUAAAACUCAUUACUGAAAUAUCCUGUGCCAGAAAGGAUUUAAUUAUAUUUUGUUUAUCAAAUGUUUAUAAACAUGGCUACUUCUCCUUUUGAUAUUUUGCUUACAUUUUCAGUGAUUUCAAAUUAUUGAUUUUAUUAUUUUAUUAAAUUAUAUGAUUUGUUGUGCAAGUUGUGCCAUCUUUUGCUGAAACUGUUUCACAUCAGACGGAGAAAAACUCUAACAAAUCAAAGCUUGACAUCAAAGACAUUUAUGGGGACAUUUUUGCAGAUAUUUAUUAAAAAUCAUUUUUUCAGUUUGUAUUCACUUACCAUUAAAAACAUUUACAUACUUUGAUAAUUCUGGUUAAUUUAGCAUCUGUAAGGAGACCACUUCUGCAAAAUGCCAGAUAUCAUCGAAGGUGAGUGGCAGAUUAGGUGUGCUUGUAUAAAACCUGCUAAACUGUGUGACGUUGGAGUCAGACAUGUUAUUAUCCAGAUAGUCACAGUCUAUUUGAAAGGUAUGCAUGUUAAAACUGUGAGAAAAAAUUAAUACGUAAAAUAAACAACUAACAACAGAGAACCCUCAUGAACACGAGCCAAACAAUAUGGCUUUUUGAAACAAGAAAUGGGCUUUCAAAAUGACUGGGUUAGAAAAACAAUUUAACAUACAGCACUUGAUCCAAACAGACCCCUUUUUUAACAAAAAUGUGAAAAUAUUUAUUUUUCACAAAUAAUUAACUGAUAUCAAUUAAUAAAAUGAUGGUUUAAAACA